UGCCUUCCAGGAAAGGACAAGAGCAGGUCAUGGCAGACAAUCUUCACGACAAAUCCCCGACGUGGUACUGUCCCAUCCAUCUUGCAGGGAAGGAACCGAGGCCCUGGAGGAAGAGAGGAUUCCAGACGACUGCAGGGCAAAGAGUCGGCACGGCAGAGUGAGGCAGGCGGCCAGAUGCGUCCCCGGACUCGGGGCUGUGGAGAACCGGGCUAGCAGAAACGAAGAGCGUUCUGGCAACACGAAGGAGGGUGAGAGAGAAGGACAGGGGCCGGGGCUGAGAGAAACAAAGGCCCGGGGCGGGGGGAGCCCCGGAGGGGCGGCAAGGCUGAGAGGGGCCGUCUCGCGGAGGAAGCGGGCUGCACGCAGCGGAGUCCAGCAGCGCGGAGGCCGGGGGCGGCGGGAAGAAGCCUGGGGCCGCGGACAGCAUCGGACCAGCAGGAGGUGGCGUUUCAGGGACGGGCCGCCCUCGCUGACACCCCGACGUGGAAAGCCCUGCCCGGGAGGCUGCGGGGCCAGCGGGAGAGACCCCGGAAUCUCAGCCCGCAGAGAUGACUGUGGAGCAAAGCCACCGUCACCACCCUUCCCCGACCCACCUCUGCCCCUCCAGGGGGCCCAGGCUCGGGACCCCUUGAUUCAGCUUCCCUCAGCCUCUGCCCUGGGCUGUGACUGGGGUCAGGGUUCCUUCGAGGUGUGUGUGGGGGGCGCCCACCUGCACCCGGGCACGUGCCAGGGCAACGGCGGGGCCCGGUGGCCUCUUUCUCUGAGACCCGCCUGAGGUAGGAGAUGGAUGGGCCCCUGGGCCGGACACCGGGGGUUUGUCACGGGGAGCAACGCUGAAGCUCGGGUCUCACCCACGCGCUCCAAGGACAAAGCUGGUGGCAGAAGCUGAGCUCCGCUGAAGUAGAGAGAUGAGGCGCCUGCUCCUGAGGUCAAGGAAAACGUCCUGCCUGCACGCGCGCACGAAGGCCCCUUGGGGGUCAAGAGGGAGGAGCCCCACCCGGGCCCCACCCCGUAAUAAGUGUGCACAUGCACCCACAGGCCUCUGCGCCGGGAUCCCUCGCAGCAAAAAGUUGCUCACGCACGUGGGGAGGUUCCUGGGACCAGUCAGGUGUGAGAAAAGAAAUGAGAUAACUGGCCAAAGAUUUUGCCUCCUUGAAACACUCUUGCUUUCAAACGGGGGAAGGAGCCAGGGCCAUGGUGCUCCGAGCCUCCGGCCCCGGGCGGACUCGGCUAGGAUUCCUGGUUUUCAUCCCAGCCGCCCAGCUCCAACUCCUGGGGAGCGCAGAUCUCGCUUCAGGACCGCUCACCGCUGUCCCCCCCCACCCCCCACCCCCGCGAGAUCACACCCACGAGCUGCCCCCAGCUCCGGCCUCGCAAGCUCGCCACACACCCCACUCCCGCCGAUGCCCGGAAGCCCCGCAGCCGGGGAGCACGCGGAGGGUGACGGGGAAACAGGGACCGUCUGCCCAGCGAGCGAGGAAGGGCGCCAACCCACCCGCAGGAGACGAGCUCCCGACACAGAGGCCCCCGUUACGAUCUGGGAUCCCGCAAGUCAGCCUCCCUGUGCUUGUCCCAGAGCUUUCAGAGGACAGCCCCAGGCCCUGAGGCCGCAAGGAGGCCGGGCAGCAAGGGCACCCCGCCUCCGCCCCGCAGGGCCCGCCCAGGCUCCCGGCUCUGCGUCCGGCGGGCGGCACCUCGGCCCUCACCUUGACCAUGUGAUGCGGCAGCCAAGGAACUGCCUGGGGGUGCAGGGCGCUGUCGCUCGGUGCGCGAGAAAAGCGGGACUGGGGGCACUUACGGGGGAGGCACAGCUGCCGGGAGAGCCCCAGCCUGGCUUCACCCACCGCACUUGGCAGGCGGGCACGGCGGCGGGGAGAAGGGGUCCCUGUCCCCCUUGGUGGCGGCAGCCCCAAGCCGUAGCCCCAGCGCAUGCCCUGCACCUUCCGUCUCACAAGAGAUCGGAGGUUUGGCCAAACCACCGGCAGACGGAUUUCUCCACCAGCCCACAUUAACUGCUUGUGGGAUUCUGCAACCCAAAGUGCCGAGUCAGAGCUCCUGGGUGUCCCACGGGGGCUCCGGUGGCGAGGCCGUGACCCUGAAGCCGGAACCGUCAGGCACCUGGGCUGUGCCCACCUGUGUGAUGAGCCUGGGCGAGCAGCCCUGGGGGCCGGGCUGACAGCUUCCACGCUCAGGGAGGCCCUAUGGGACGGGCGGGCACCCAGCCAGCCCCGCAGCUGUGUUCCGGGUUGUCUGCCUGCAGGGAGAGCCGAGGCUGCCCGCGGCUCUGCCCUCCUCCUGCGAUGGCCCCGCCGCCCCGACAGUGCCUCGUCCCGUCGGCUCCAGGCUGGCAGAGUCAGGCCCAGGGGGGCAGAGCCGCCUGCUGCCCAUCCGCCCCUCUUCCUGGGAGGAAGGAAUGCCUCAGGGAUUUUAGCCACGUUUUCCUACAUCACGCUUGGAACGUAGUAGGCGCUCAGCAAACGCUACUUUCUCCUCACUGGGCGGAAGGAGGCUGUGCACCGAGACUCUGGAGCUGGCCCACCUGUGCCCACUGGCCCUGCUGCCCCAGCGUCUGAGCUGAGCAAGUCCUGUCCGCCCUGAGCCUCGGGACCCUCGGGGGUCCGGAUGCGGACGACGAUCCUACCUGCUCCCCAGCCUGCAAGUGUCCCGGCUCACCAUACAGGCCAUGUACGUGUUCACUUUGAUUUAUUUAAGAGAGGAACCCAGCUGCGUCCAAAUGAGGGGUUCAGACAAAAUAAAAGCUUGAGAAUACUACUCAGCCAUAAAAAAAAAUGAAAUAACGCCAUUUGCAGCAACAUGUAUGGACCUAGAGAUGAU